ACAAGGUCGCCGUUACUUCCUUCCCUCGUAAAAAUACUAUAUUUAGGUGUACACACACGUCUCACAUAGGAGACUCAAAAAUAUAUAUUAUACUGUCAGUCAUAUAUAUAUAUACGUAUUCGUAGCUAUUACGAUAUUUUUAAUAAUCUUCUAUAUAUCAAUCAACUUCUCCGAUCGGUGGAGUCUUGUCUCUCUAUCCCUUUUUUAUAUAUAGCUUGUUAAUUAAGGUGCUGCGGUUAUUGGAGCCUCAACACCUGCGCUGAAUUGAUGAUAGAUGAUAGCUGAGCUCGGUCGUUGCUUCGAUCAUCUAAUUAACAUGCAGAUUCUCGUUGCUUCGACGUUUAGGGAUGAUCGGAGUAGCGUCACCGCCCAGGAUCAGCGUGUUCCGGCGUCUCUGUCUAGCUGGGUCGGGUUUAAUAGAACUCCGGCGAAUAGUUGGUCGUCCGUCGGAGAUAUUAGCAGUGAGGAGGAGGAAGAAGAGGACGACGACGCCGUAUCCUCGUCACAAGGAAGAUGGUUUGAUUCGUUUACUUCCUCUCUGGAAGACUCUCUUCCGAUCAAGAGAGGAUUGUCAAACCAUUACAUAGGGAAAUCGAAAUCGUUUGAGAAUCUUAUGGAAGCUGCGAGCAGCAGUGCCAAAGAUUUAGAGAAAUUGGAGAGUCCUUUGAACAAGAGGAGGAGAUUGCUUAUUGCUAAUAAGCUAAGGAGAAGAUCAUCUUUCAGCAUCUACUCCAACAUCAACCCUAAUCAUUCCAUGCCUUUACUUGCGUUGCAAGAAUCUGACCUGGAGGAUAUUCACAAAUACAAUGAUAUUAAUCACACUAGUGAUGAUGAUGAUGAUGAUGAAACUAGUAGUAAGCUUAAAGAGAAGAGGAUGAAGAUGACGAAUAAUAAUCAUCAUAGUAGGGAUUUAAUGGUUCAUCAGAGUAAGAGCUGUUUUAGCUUAACUAGUUUUCAAGAUGAUGAUGGUCGAUGAUCAUUCAUUAUUCUUAGUUUCUGUUUUGUCAAAUAUAGUAGAUCAAGUUGUUGGUGGAAUAUUUGCAGAGACAAAUAAUUAUAUUUCUAUAAUUGUAAUAUAAAAAAAUAAAAAAAAUUCGCUAUUUUGUGUAUU